CAGACUGUGUACCUGGUAAAUAGCGGUUCUGAAGCCAACGAACUGGCAAUGCAGCUAGUUCGGCUACACACCGGAAACCAGGACGUGAUAUCCAUUCAGAACUGUUAUCAUGGCGUGUCCGGAAAUCUACAUGGGCUAACAGCAUUAGCGUCGGCCAAGUACAGUAACAUGUCUGCAGGCCACUUCAUUCWCCACGCAAUGUGCCCGGACGUGUUCAAAGGUAUCUGGGGCGGGAAGAAAUGCAGGGACUCACCAGUGCAGACUCAGCGAUCUUGCGAAUGUGACCGAGUUCAUUGCCAAGCCGCUGACAAAUAUUAUGAGCAGCUGGAGGCAAUAUUCUCGUAUUCGAUACCUCGUGGAAAGGUAGCCGGGUUUUUCGCCGAGUCCAUUCAGGGCGUUGGUGGAAUUGUCCAAUUCCCGAGUGGUUAUUUAAAAAGAGUCUACGACCUGAUCAGGAGCAACGGUGGUCUGUGCGUAGCCGAUGAAGUGCAGACGGGCUUUGGUAGAACUGGCGAACACUUUUGGAACUUCCAAUCACACGGCGUCACACCAGACAUAGUGACAAUGGCCAAAGGCAUCGGGAACGGUUUUCCGAUGGCUGCUGUCGUCACGACGCCCACGAUUGCACGGUCGUUGAAUUCGGCUUUUCAUUUUAACACGUUUGGAGGCAAUCCUGUUUCGUGUGCUGUAGGCGUGUCGGUGUUAAAGGUUAGCAAACCACCCAUAUAAAUAUUAUACCCGGAGAGCUUACGGGAAGUAUAAUCUCACACUGCCUAAUCGCCACACGUGUGUGGUGCUCUUCGCGCCAAUCAUCACUAUAGUUUUAUUUACAACUAUUGAACUAUUUACAGUCAU